GUUACUUUGACCAACGCGCGAUAUUUUUAAUAACACUCACGCUGCGGUUUGUUAUUGUGCCGUUUUUUAGAGUGAAACGCGGUUUAGUUGAAGGUUUCAUGAUGACUUUAGCAUGUUUCUGAUGAAUACUACGGUGGCCUACAGACGCUCCUACAGAGUUCCUGCUCUCUUUACUGUCAUUUCAUUGGAUUUUCAGUCAUGUAUAUCAAUGUAUUAUGUUGAUGAGCCAUGGUCUUAGAACUUAUGAAUCCAUUAAUACUGAACUUUCUGGUGGUACAGUUCCCUUAAUGCACCUGUGUGUCGUUUUGGACCAAAUGUGAAGCUUCUGCUUGGAAGUGAAAGUUUCCCUGAUUUUCCAGGGAGUCCUAAGCGAUGGAAGUGCUGCAGUGCGAUGGCUGUGAUUUCCGUGCAGAGACAAACGAUGAGCUCAAGGCGCACAUACAAGACGUCCACACGGCCUUCCUACAGCCUACAGAAGUGGGAGAAGGUGAGGAGUCUCCCAGACGGUCCAGGUCGAACUCAAUAAACUCCCACAGCCAAACAGAGGACGAGGAAGACUUGACCAAUCAUGAUUAUGACUCCUUGAAAAAAGACGCAGGCAUCCACUCCUUUAACAAAGACCUUGGGCACUCCUCCAGUUCAAAGCAAGCUAAACACAACCAAUCAGCAAAGCCUUCAAGCAAAACGUCAACUUCAUUUUUUCAGUGCAAGUUCUGUGUGCGGUACUUCAGAUCUAGCUCUCUUCUCAGCGAACACACCAGGAAGGUCCAUGGAGAAGCAAGCGAUGAGAGGUCCUUCAAAACUUCCAAGCAGGCCAGCUGCAGCGCUGCUACUUAUGAUGGUGUAGGGACUGUCUUUUCCUGCCAGUAUUGCACUUAUAAAUCCCCACACAGAGCACGGAUUCUGAAACACCAGAAAGUGCAUCACAAAGAAGGUCUACCAGGCCACUCAGCUCCUGUCGAAGCAGAAGUUCUGGAUUUAGACUCUGAAGCCUCCUCGGUUGAAGAACAGAGUGAAGAGUCACCAGGGAAUGUAGAACGUCGUGUGUUGGAAUCUAUGAUCAAACCCCAGUCAAAGGGAAGCUUUAACUGUGAGUGGUGUGGCUUUCAUACUUUGCAAAGGCAGCAGUUAGCCGAUCACAUGAUGAAGAAACACCGUAACAUGGUGAAGAUUAUGGUGUCAUUGCAACAGCCCAAAAUGCAUGACGGAAGUGCAGGAUCCAGCAAGUCUGAUUCGACUUCGUCUAGGAGAAGCACUCCAACCUCCAAUUUAAACCUGAACGAUCUACCGAGCAAUGAAGGUUCCUCCACAAAUGCCUCAUCAAUCAAAGGAUCCUCUGGCAAUGCAUCACUCAAGUCCACUUCAGGGAUAUCAAGUUUUCACUACUCACAGCUCACAGCAAAAAUACCUAACAGCACAGGAUCUUCCAUACUGUCAGAGAGAUCGACUUUCACCAUGUCAGAUAUGUCUAGGUCUGGCAUGGAUCUAGAUGCCAGCAUUCUGAAUGAUUCCAGAAGCAGUACAGAUGAUGAACUCUGUGACUUGGAGGAUCCCCAUUUCACGGAGCCAGCUGAGGAUUCUACUAAGCUGCUUCUGUCAGAAGAGGAUAAUGACCUUCUAGAAACGAAAGGCGUACCAUUCAAAAGACAUAUGAACAGGUUCCAGUGCCCUUUCUGCUCCUUCUUGACCAUGCACCGACGUAGUAUUUCUCGUCACAUAGAGAACAUACACUUAUCUGGCAAAGCUACAGUGUAUAAAUGUGACAAGUGCCCCUUUCUUUGCACCAACCCACUUAAGCUUGACACGCACAAAAAAUGUCAUAGCGGGUCUUCCGAAUGGGACACCAUGGACUUACCCGGUGAAAGUCUAGAUGGUCAAGGUGAACGCUCCGAGCCCGUAAAUGGAGGAAACAGCAGCUCAAAAAUCAACGGGAAAAAAUCCAGUGCAGUCGAGGAACAGCAGGGUCCUCACCGGUGCUCACUGUGUAACUUCUCCACCAUCACACUGAAAGGCCUACGUGUCCACCAGCAACACAAACACUCGUACUGUGAUGGAACACAAGUUACUGGUCAAGAGGGUUUGUCUAAUGAGCAGCAAGAUUCUGAGUCUGAGUCCUACAGCUCCUCAAGCUUUGUCCAGAAAACUCAAACAUCAAUCCUUGGAUUUUCAACCAAGAAGCACCUUAUUGGGAAGACAGCAAGAAAGUCCAUCAACGAUUUGCCCUUGGAUCUCUCUCCUGUUAAAAAACGGACAAGGAUUGAUGAAAUUGCAAAUAAUCUCCAGAGCAAGAUUAGUCAAAGCCAACAGCACGAGGAUGUGAUUAACCUUGAGGAGAUGGAUGAUGAUGUGGAGGAGAAUGGCAAUCACAUCGAUGUAGAAGCAAGCAGAGAGAGAGAAACCUCUGAUGCUCAAAGUCAGCUCUACACACUCAACACUCAGCAUGUUAGGAAUUCUGGAGGUCUUCAGGCAGAGCGUGGCGUUGGGAAAAGAAAGCGCAGUCUUCAGUCCAAACUCGGAUCAAGAAACAUUCCCAUUCAAUUAACCAUUUCUGAUGAUGAAGAUAAUUAUAGUGCCUCUUUGGAAUCUAAAGAUGCUCAAGAUCAAAGCAGUCAAGAUGGCAGGGAGACGUAUCAGGAUAAUGUUGAAUACACUGCGGUACCCGGGAACCUGUUCUACUGCAAACAUUGUGAGUACCAAAAUAAGUCUGCUCGCAGUGUCAGCACACACUACCAAAGGAUGCACCCUUACAUCAAGUUUAGCUUCAGAUACAUCCUGGACCCAGAGGAUCAGAGCGCAGUCUUCCGUUGUCUCGAGUGCUUCAUCGAAUAUAACAACUUUAAUGAUCUGCACCAGCACUAUAUGACGCACCAUCCAGAAGCAAGCAAUGUCUUGAACUUUAACCAGCCAGAUCUGGUGUAUAUGUGCCGUUUCUGUUCCUACACAAGUCCAAAUGUGCGGAGUCUGAUGCCCCAUUAUCAAAGAAUGCACCCUGCAGUGAAGAUCAACAAUGCCAUGAUUUUUUCCAGCUACAUGGUUGAUCAGCCUCCGAAGAGUGCUUCUGAGUCCCAAACACUAAGAGAAAUCUUGAAUUCUGGGCCGAAGAGUUUAAGCUCCACCUCGUCUGGGUCCAGAUCAUCAUCUAGUCCGGCUCUCAAAAGCAUCUGCAAAACGCCAGAAGCAAACACAGAGGCUGAAGUUAUUCGAGAAGGUCUGGGUGGUAAUGUGGUGGUGUAUGACUGUGAUAUCUGUUCUUUCUCAAGUCCCAACAUGCACUCAGUGCUGGUCCAUUAUCAGAAAAAACACCCAGAGCAAAAGGCCUCAUACUUCCGAAUACAGAAGACAAUGCGGGUCAUAUCUGUUGACCGAGCACAGUUGUCGAGCAAUUCAACCUACAGCCUAACUAGCACCCCCAAGUCUUCGAACGCCACCCUACCUAUGGCUCUGGAUGAAGAUGUUUAUUAUUGCAAACACUGUGUCUACAACAACCGCUCUGUAGUGGGUGUUCUGGUCCACUAUCAAAAGCGACAUCCAGAGAUUAAAGUGACGGCAAAGUACAUAAAGCAGGCACCCCCAACCCCAGGACUGCUGAAACUCAUGGACGAGUUACAGAUCGCACCCCCUAAACAGUUUCUGAAGCAAUUCAACAACAACGGGAUUGAAGGGUCAGGUAAUUCCAACACUAAAGGAGCAUCCGACAAAGGGGAACCUGAAAUGCUGUUCUUCUGCCAGCACUGCGACUAUGGGAACCGCACUGUGAAGGGAGUGUUGAUUCACUACCAGAAGAAGCACAGGGAUGUGAAAGCCAAUGCCGACCUCGUCCGUAGACAUACAGCUGUGGUCCGGAGUCAGAGAGAAAGAGCGCAGAUGAUCCACGCGGGAAGUUCCACGUCCACUGCAACUGUAUCUACUGAAGCAGACAAAUCCAGGUCGUUGCGAUCUUUGAAGUGUAGACACUGUGUGUACACGUCUCCUUAUGUGUAUGCCUUGAAGAAGCAUUUGAAGAAGGAUCAUCCUACUGUGAAGGCCACGGCCAUGACGAUCUUACACUGGGCUUAUCAGGAUGGUUUGUUGGAGGCUGGUUAUCACUGUGAGUGGUGCAUAUAUUCCCAUGCUGAACCAAGUGGGCUGCUCAUGCAUUACCAAAGACGCCACCCUGAGCACAAUGUCGACUACACUUAUAUGGCCAGCAAGCUGUGGGCUGGUCCUGAUACUUCCACAAGCAGACAGGGGGGGAACUCUGAAACGAAGCAUUACCAAUGCAGAGAUUGUGCCUUUGAGGCUUGCUCCAUCUGGGACAUUACUAACCAUUACCAAGUAGUGCACCCUUGGGCCAUUAAAGGUGAUGAAUCUGUCCUCAUCGACAUUAUCAAGGGGAACCAAGCACCUGAUAAGCUGCUGGCCAAAGGACACGUUUCGUCGUCCAGUUCGUUCAAUAGUCACCAGCAAGAAGAGACAGCAGUUGAAGUCAGUCGUCCAACACAUGAGCGGCAAUCUAAUCUCUCUCUGUCUGCCACCUCAUUAAUCUCAAAUAACCCGUACCAGUGCACCGUGUGCUUGUCCGAGUACAACAGUCUUCAUGGGCUUCUGACCCACUAUGGCAAGAAACACCCAGGCAUGAAAGUCAAAGCUGCUGACUUUGCUCAGGAAGCAGACAUUAACCCUAGCUCAGUUUACAAGUGCAGACACUGUCCGUACGUGAACUCUCGCAUCCACGGAGUUCUCACACACUACCAGAAACGACAUCCUUCCAUCAAAGUCACGGCUGAGGACUUUGCUGAUGAUGUUGAGCAUGUACACGAGGUAACCAGCGAGGGAGAUGAGCGAUCUAAAACACAGAGGCAGGGCUAUGGUGCGUACCGCUGCAAGAUGUGCCCUUAUACACAUGGCACUUUAGAGAAACUCAAGAUACACUAUGAGAAAUAUCAUAACCAACCUGCUGCAGACAUGUUCAAAGGAACCACCACACAGUCGCCGGCUAGAAGAGACGAUUCGGUUGCUGAAUGCAGUAGUAACAGGGUGACCGAAGUCUCAGAUAUGUGUGACUUCGACAUCACACUUUCUGAAGUCGCAAAGAGUGACAAGAACACUGUGUUUAAUUGUCAGCUGUGCAAAUACUUCUGCUCCACCCGGAAGGGUAUCGCUCGCCACUAUCGCAUAAAGCAUAACAAUGUCAGAGCGCAACCUGAGGGAAAGAACAACGUCUUUAAAUGUGCGCUCUGCGCCUACACCAACCCCAUCCGCAAAGGCCUCGCAGCACACUACCAGAAACGCCACGACAUUGAUGCUUACUACACACAUUGCUUGGCAGCAUCUAAGACGGUGACUGAGAAACCGAACAAGGUGAUGUUGCCCUUGGCAUCAGAAGCGGAGUCUCCAGCGAUGAGCGAGGAGCUCAGGCUCGCGGUGGACCGAAGAAAAUGUUCACUCUGCUCCUUCCAGGCUUUCAGCAGGAAGAGUAUUGUUUCUCAUUACAUAAAGCGCCACCCCGGAGUCUUUCCCAAAAAGCAGCCUUCCAGCAAACUGGGCCGUUACUUCACUGUGAUCUAUUCCCAGGAAGCAGAGAAACCUUCAUCCACAGAGGAGUUGGAAAUAGUUGAAGUUAAGGCUGAGGAGGAGCCUGAAGGUGAAGUGGACUGGCUUCCCUUCAAAUGUCUGAAAUGCUUCAAGCUCUCGUUCAGUGCGGAAGAGUUACUGGUGAUGCAUUACAACGACUGCCAUAGCAAGGAACUCAAGUGGGAUUUCGUCACCAUCCCAAGCCCUGCAGAAGAUGGGACGGAGCUCUACCAGUGCACCCACUGUGAAAUCAAGUUCUUGACUCUUCCAGAACUCAGUGUCCAUCUGAUUAACCAUAAUGAGGAUUUCCAGAAAAGAGCCAUGAGGCUGGAAAGAAGAAAACAGCUUCAAAGCAAGCAGAGGACGACAGAGCCACCAGAAGCCAAACCAGAGAAUAAGGUGGAGAGCACACCUGAUAAGACUCCCGUCGGCUACAGGUGCAACUUCUGCGUGGAGGUCCACCCCACCCUUCGGGCCAUCUGUAACCACCUGAGAAAGCACGUGCAGUACGGCGAGGCCAAGGAGGGACACGUGAAGCAGGAAGCAGCAGAAACGGCCGUUCCCAAUCCCGUUCCCGGAAUAACCAACGGCGAGGUGGAGGACGUGGACGUGGUGACCCCUGACCCUUCGGAGACUUCAGUUGCCAUGGAGACGGAGGAGUCGGUCGCGGGCCCGCCGGAGCCGGAAAAGCCUCGUGUUGUUCCCGGUCAUCCGUGUGGGAUGUGCAGCCGCAUGUUCAUGUCCAUGCAGGGCCUUCGCUCUCACGAGAGGAGCCACUCGGCCGUCGCACUCGUCAACAGGAGCCACAAAUACAGCUGCCAGUUCUGCCACUUCGCCUCACCCUUCAGACACAACCUGGACCGUCACAUCCAGUCUCAUCAUGGACACCAGAAGCCGUUCCGCUGUAAGUCCUGUCCCUUUAAAUCCUCCUACCUGAGCCGCCUCAAGAGCCACCUGCACAAAGCACACGCAGGUGAACACACGUAUAAAUGUUUGUCGUGUGCGUUCUCCACCACCACCAUCAGCCAGCUGAAGGAGCACUCUCUGCAGGAGCAUGGAGAGACACUCACGCUUCCCAAACUCAAAGCUGGAGCCGCCCGGAGCUCCACGCGACCCAGCGCCGAAAACAGCGACGAAAACACUCCCCUCGACCCAGACUGCACUGAGUCGCUGGCGUAUCUGGAGCCAGCCGAUGUUCAGCAGCAGCUCAGUCACUUCCAGCAGACGUCUCGAGUCCAGGCCGAUGUUUCCCCUCCUCCUCCUCUUCCUCCUCUUCCCGACGCUCCCGCUGCUCCGGCCCGACCCGACUCCAUCCUCACCUGCGAGUUCUGCGAGUUCAGCUCCGGGUACAUGCAGAGUCUGCGCAGACACUACCGGGACCGGCACGGGGGGAAGAAGCUCUUCAAGUGCAAGGACUGCUGCUUCUUCACCUGCUACAAGUCUACGUUCACGUUGCAUGUGGAAGGCGGUCACAGCAGUGGAUCAGAGGAGCUUCUCAAAGACCUUCGCUGCCCCUUCUGUCUUUACCACAGCAAACACAAGACCAGCAUGAUCGACCACAUCGUCCUGCACAGAGAGGAGCGCGUGGCGCCACUGGAGGUCUCGCGCUCAAAGCUAUCCCGUCACCUGGAGGGCCUGGUCUUCCGCUGUCAUAAAUGCACCUUCACCUGCUCCAGCGAGCAGAACCUGCAGAUGCACAUCCAGAAGCACGAUGAACUGAAGCCGUACCAGUGCCAGCUCUGCUACUAUGACAGCAAGCGCCUGCACGAGCUGGAGAUACACCUGCAAGAGGAACACAAGGUGAUCCGUAACUUUGAGCUGGUGGGGCGGGUGAACCUGGACCAGCUGGAGCUGAUGAAGGAAAAGAUGAAGGAUGCGAACAGCAGCGAGGAAGAGGAGAGAGAAGAAGAGGAGGCAGACGAAGAGGAAGAGGAGGAGGAGGAGAUGAUGGAUGAGGAAGAGGAGGAGAAGAUUCCGGAAGAUACAGAGGACACAGGAGCUCCAGAGUCUCCUGUGAAGCGCUAUCCGUGCGAGUUCUGCGGACGCACGUUCACGCUGAGCAUCGAGUGGGAGCGACAUGUCCUUCGACACGGCAUGACUGUUAACGACAGCAAGAAAGACACCGGUCCUGUUCCCUCUUCAGCUCAGCCUCUGAUUGGUCCAGCCGCUGUGAUUGACGGGGGGAUCGACCAACCCACUAACACUGUGGACGCCACAGGGGCGGAUCAAUCUGACCAAUCCAAGAGUCCGAUUCAGAACCAGGAAGAGGAAAAGACGCUGGAGACCAAAAACAACGACCCGUAGGAGGGCAGGAAAGCUGUAGUGAACACGUCGUUCGGCUUUAGACGCGGUUAAGAAUGUCGUACGUUUGUCUGUCUGUUUAUCAUUUGUUUUGGCUGCUUGUUUUUGGUUUUAAAAAAAAGCUAGUAUCGAUAGAUGUUUGUUCAGUUGCUGAAUCUUACACUGAAUUUUACAAAGUGUGACUUGGUCCCUCAGGACAGAUGUUGAUAUAUUGGUAACCAAUAGUGAAUGAAACCGCGAAGUCGAUAUUGCGAUCGAAUCCCGAGUCGGUCCGUGAGCCUGAGAUCUCCCACGCUCAAAGCCCUUCUCAUGUUCCUUUCAAUGCACUUUCCCAUUCGUUUAUGAAAGAUAACUGCGAACGAUUAGAAUCGAAUGUCUUCCGCCGCGGUGAACGCACACACACACACACACUGAUAGUCUUGAAGACGGUGUGUCGCGCGUCACGUUCGUCACAGACGAGAAACCAGAGGCGAAUUCACACCGAACACGGGAAGGCUUUCGGAUUCGGUCGGAACGCCGACACGCGGUUUCUGUUUUUUAUUUACAUUUUAGCCUUGUGUUAAUCUUCCCGUAGCUGAAUUCCUUGAGGAAUAGUUGUUUAUCUAGAUAAUCUUGAUUCUUUUAGACCUGAUUUUAGAGUAUCAACACUUGCCCCCAAUAAAAAUGGAGAAAACUCGUAGAAAAAUGCUACUUUGAAGAUUUCGACCUCUUCCCGGCUCACUUCCACUUCACUUUGAUAACGAUUUACACGAGAUGGAUGAAAAGAUCACGUGUUUCUGCCGAUCUCCUCCCGUACGGAUGUUUAAAGGAAUAUUCUGGCUUCAAAACAAGCUCAGUUUUUUCACUGGAACAAAGAUGGCAGAUUCAGUGUUUUCCUGCGCCGUAAACAUCCCGUCACUUCCGGCUCUUUGAGCUCGUUCCUUUAAAAGAGGGAAGCUUAUCCCCCGUGAGGCUGAGAUUGUACGUGAUGGAAGUUGCUGCUCGAAAACCCCAAAGCCUUAUAUGUUAGACGCUUCUACCAACGUAUCGAUCACUAAACAUAACCUCUCCUCGGUACCAAAAGUGUCGCUUCCCAAAGUCCCAAAGCAAGAUAUGAUUGUCUUUCCCGAGCAAUGACUGGACAUUGCUGAGGGUGAAACCCAGUGGCCUUCUGGGUAAUCUGCAUGCCGUUUUGCAGCCGUGUAUAAACUCAAAGCUACGUGUUUGAAACUGAACGGGGUCUGUUCCUUUAAGUGUUGUUCUGAUAUUUAACUUAACAAAAAAAAAUUAAAAAGAGAGAGAGAGAGAAGAAAAAUACAAAUCAAUAGAUGACGUCUCUUUCCGUUUUUAGCUCUCCACUGUUCAAAAGCUGUUGUAAAUGUUCUGGUUAAGGAAAAAAAAAAACCUUUUGUACCCUUAAAGCCCUUCAUAAGGAGUAGCCCAGCCUUUCUAAAAGACGCCCGUGUAGAAAACCAUCAGAAUAAGCUUUUAAGACUCUUGUGACACACUGGAUAUCUGUAUAUAUAUAUGCUUUAGUUCUCCUGGUUUGGCCAUAGUUGACCUUAGAUCUCUGCGUUCGGCUCUGUGAAACUCCUGAUGAUUUCUGAUGGUGGGUUGUGAUGUCGACUAGACUGGUUGUUUACAGUUUUAUUCCUUUGAUUUCUCUAUAUUCUGUAAAUAUUGUAAUUCAUUGUCUUUUUUUAACUUGGUAAUAAAGUUAUCAGAUAACCUAAA